AUGCAUCUUAUCCCUCUUCCACGAUCGUCCCAGACGCUCGCUCUGCUGACGCUGUCUUUGUCAACCGUGUUUGCGGCUUCGGUCCCAAAACUCCCAAACUGUCACGCUCACCAAUACCCGGGCCCUCGCAACCCCAGUUUCGAGACUGGCACGCUCGAAGGCUGGCAGGUCAUCAGCGGAGAUGCAUUUGGAAGCAACUCAGUCAGCUCUGCUACGUCAUAUUGGGAUGGUCCUUUCCAUCAGGUCGGCAAGAACUUCAUCUUCGGCUUGUCGCAAGCUGGCGAAGCGGCCGUCGGCCAACUCCAGUCAAGCUCAUUCCGCGCCAGUUCUGUCAUGAGCUUCCUCAUUGGCGGCGGCUAUGACCCUGCCAACCUCUACAUUGGUCUCGUGCGUGAGAAGGACAACAAACUCCUUCUAAAGCAAACAGCCACCAACGAUGAGGCCCUGAUCCGCAUUAUCUGGGACACCAGCAAGUGGGCAGGGCAGAUGGUGCACUUGGUUGUGCAUGACAGCAGCACUUCGAACUCGUGGGGCCACAUCAACAUUGACGAUGUCCGCGUCGGCUGUGACGCACUCGGCGAUGGGAAAGGCCUCACCUUCAAUGUACUCGGCGAGUCAAAUCAACCGCCAGCAAGCAGCUCAGCGGCCUGCUCGCUCUUUGCCGCAGACCCCAUGCGCCCUCAGUUUCAUUAUACUCAGUAUCAGGGCUGGAUCAACGAUCCGGCUGGCCUCAGCCAAUGGCGAGGGCACCAUCACCUCUUCAGCCAGUUCAACCCGGACGCGCCACUAUGGGGUCCUAUGUAUUGGUCUCACGCGGAGAGCGUCGAUGCGGUGCAUUGGCGCGAGUUGCCUGUUGCCCUAUCCCCGAAUAAUGCAAGCGACCCCAAGGACACUUCUGGGCGCUUCACCGGCAGCGCCGUCGUCGACAAACUUCAUGGCAACAAACUGCGCCUCAUCUUCACUGACUAUACGGACACGUCUUUUCACCCUGGAGCAGUCCAGGAGGUCGUAUCCACCGCGACCAGCGCAGAUGGCGUCCACUUCGACCUCGAUUUGAAGAACCCUGUGAUUGCUGGCCCUCCCGCGGGAGCGCCCAUCUUCUUCCGAGAUCCCAAAGUCUUUCGUGACCCUACAGACAACUCGUGGAAGAUGGUAGUCGGCUCGAGCAACGACGUCAGCGGCAGCGUGCAGUUGUAUCGCUCCACCGACCUCGUCUCCUGGUCCCACGUUGGCAUCCUCUACACCGGCGAUGGCAGCACCGGCACCGUGUGGGAAUGUCCCAACUUCUUCCCCCUGGGUGACAAAUGGGUCCUGUUCUAUGGCGGAAACGCGUUAGGGUGGUACGAGACAGGCACAUACAACGGUUCAGUCUUCACCAGCGAGAAGCGUGGCCUCAUCGAUGCCGGCCCUGACAGCUACGCCAUGCAGUGGUACAAGGACGCCUCGGGCCGUGACCUGGCCAUCACUUGGAUGGGAAACUGGCCCACGCCAAAGUGGCCGAGCCGCGUCAACGGCUGGGCUGGAUCGCAGUCUGUAACCCGGGAGCUUUUCAUUCGCAACGACGGAGGCCUAGGCAGCCGUCCUAUCGCUGCCCUUGACAAUCUUGCAAGCGGUCCGGCGAAGAGGUUCGGGCGGCGGAGGGUCGACGAUGCCGCUCUCUUUGCCGGGAGCACAAAGACGGCGAGACUGCAAGUCGCCGUGGACCUCGGCGCGACGAAGGCCUCAUCAAUCACCAUCUCGCUGUUCAAAUCCAAGGCAGAGGCAGUGCUGCUGACUUACACCACAGCUAACCGAACUCUGACGCUUGACACGAAGAAUGCCGGGUACGGCCAGGCGGGAACGUGGCAAGCUGUCAUCGAUGGCUCGGCCAGGAACAAGCUGAUGCUGGAUAUAUUUAUCGACCGUUCUAGCCUGGAGGUCUUUGCGGGCGAUGGGACGGUCAUGACGGCUACCGUUUGGCCAAGAUAUCAAGAGUCAAAGGACAUCACCAUUGUUGGACAUGGGGGGACUGCAGCGUUUGAAUCCAUCAACCUAACGCCUCUUGGUUCGAGCUGGUGCUAG